GCUUGCUGGUGGUCUUUAAUUGUUGAGUUCUGAGAAGGGAAAAGGCCGUAAAGAAAAUGGUGGUCAGAAAAUGGUGUGUUCUCAUUCAUGCCGCUUCUAGGUAUUCCAGUCAAGCUUUCUCAUUUCAGCUAUAUGCUUGGCUGGAGCUUCUUCUUGAUUCUCUCUACCCAACUGAUGUUGUCAAUACCGUGAUCAAGGUAGGUGACUACAAGAUCCCCAAAUUCUCUGGCUCCAAUGAUACGUUCAGAAGGAUCCGUGGUUCACAGGGUGUAAAAGGCCUUUAUAAGUGUUUUGGCCCUGCCAUGGCUUGAAAUGUCCCAGCCAAUGCAGCAUGCUUCUUGGCGUAUGAAGUGACAAACCUGAUUUGUAAAAGGCAGCUAUCAUGAACGAACUUGAAAGCUGGUGAACAAGUGGCCUUUUGAAGCUAUUAAGCAUCAAAAAGAGGAGGAUAGGAAAGUGGGCUGUUAAAAUGUUAAUUAUCUUUCUAAGAUCCAGGCUUUGAUAAUUUUUUUGUAGUGAUUGACUGUGUCUUUUGGCAGUUCAUGUCAUGUUUCAUGUUUUGAUCUCAAUUUUUGCAAAUGAUUAAAUUUACUAGACACUUUCUGCUGCUGACCUCUGAGACCCAGAGAUUUCUUCACUUAUAGCAACUACAAUGAGAGAGUUCCAGUUUGGAGAUAAGAGGUUCCAAAGAUAUCCUUCUUUAGCAAAGAUUGAGGUAUGGAUACGGUAAUUUGAAAUUGUGCUGAUUUAUUUUCCUUUUAUUGGAUUCAAUUUGAAAGGCAAGUAAGUCAAUGUGUUGAUUUGCUUAUUGCCACGGCCUGGCUAGUCUGGCCAAGAAGUUGUAUUCCGCAGAAGAUGCAGAAUAAUUUCAAUUGGACACG